AUGGCCAAUAUUUUUCCUAUCAAAGUUCUUGUUAUUAUUUCCAAUAUAGUUUUAUUAUUGUCCUUCUCUCAAUUAUCCACUGCAAUUGAUACUAUCACACAAUUUCAAUCUCUUGAUGAUGGAAACACCUUGGUUUCUAAUAAUGGAACUUUUGAGUUAGGUUUUUUCAGACCAAGUACUUCCACAAAUCGCUAUGUUGGAAUAUGGUACAAAAACAUCCCAAGAAGAAUAGUUUGGGUUGCAAACCGUGAUAAUCCAAUCAAAGACAACAGUUCCAACUCAACCAUGUUGAUCAUAAACAAAGAAGGAAACCUUGUACUACUCACUAACAACAAUCAAACUCUUGUUUGGUCAACAAACAUCACAACACAAUCUUUGUCUUCUACAAGUUCACAUGUGGCUCAACUAUUAGACAAUGGAAAUUUUGUAAUCAAAGACAAAAAUAAUAGCUUUUUAUGGCAAGGUUUUGAUUUUCCUUGUGAUACUUUGUUGCCGGAUAUGAAGCUUGGUUGGGACUUAAAAACUGGUCACAAUCGUCGGUUAACUUCGUGGAAAAAUUGGGAUGACCCGUCUUCAGGAAACUUAACUUGGGACAUGGUCCUUAGUAGUAAUCCAGAAACUUUUUUGAAAAAAGAAUCAUUUGAUUUCUAUAGGAGUGGUCCUUGGAAUGGAGUUGGAUUUAGCGGAGCGCCGGAGGUAAGUGCUACUCCAAUUGUUGAACAAAAAUUUGUGAACAAUUCAAAUGAAGUUUACUACACAUAUAGCCUUGUGAACAUGAGUACCGUUUCAAUAAUUUAUUUGAACCAAUCAAGUAGUACACGUAAACGCGUGACAUGGAUUUCAAACGACAAUGAAUGGAAGAAUGUUGAGUCCGAGCCAAGAGACUCGUGUGAUGCUUAUAAUCUUUGUGGGCCCUAUGGAAAUUGUAUUUCUACUAAUUCUCCAUUGUGUGAGUGUUUAGAUGGGUUCACGCCCAAAUCUCAAGAGGAUUGGGACACGUAUAAUUGGACACAGGGAUGUGUGCGCAAAAUUCAACUUUCAACUAAAUGCACGGUGAAUGAUGGUUUUAAAAAUUUUUCUGGAUUGAAAUUGCCAGAAACAACACAUACUUGGGUUGAUGCUAAAAUGACAAUUGAGGAUUGCAAGAAAAAAUGUUUGAAAAAUUGUUCUUGUACGGCAUAUUCACACCUAGAUGUUAGAGGAAAUGGUAGUGGUUGUUGUUUAUGGUUUGGUGAUCUUAUUGAUUUGAAACAGGUGUCAUCAGUUAAUCCAAAUCUGUAUGUUCGAGUGAAUGCUUCUGCAAUAGAUUCAAAUGAAGAAGUUUCUGGUGGAAAUAAGAAAAGUCAUACUUUGACAAUUGCAAUCACUAUUCCAUUGGUCAUUGUUUUCCUACUUGUGAUCAUAGUCUUCUACAUUUACAAGAGAAAAAGAAAGCAAAGAGGUAAAGAAGAUAAAUCAAAGAACAUCAUUUUAACAAAAAUGAAAGAGGAAGAACAAGAUUUUGAGCUUCCUUUCUUCGAUCUUUCCACAAUGAUUGAUGCUACUAAUAACUUCUCAAAUGAUAACAAGCUUGGAGAAGGUGGUUUUGGGCCGGUAUAUAAGGGUAUACUUGCUCAAGAAAGACGAGAGAUUGCCGUCAAAAGGCUGUCGAGAAGUUCUAAACAAGGAACAAGAGAAUUUAAAAAUGAAGUUAUAUUAUGUUCAAAACUUCAACAUCGAAAUCUUGUCAAAGUUCUUGGCUGUUGUAUUCAAGGAGAAGAAAGGAUGCUUAUCUAUGAAUACAUGCCCAACAAAAGUUUAGAUUCAUUUAUUUUUGAUCCAGUUCGAAAGAAACUUUUAGAUUGGUCAAAGCGCUUUAACAUCAUAUGUGGAAUCGCUCGUGGACUUCUUUAUCUUCAUCAAGAUUCUAGAUUGAGGAUCAUACAUAGAGAUCUAAAACCAAGUAAUAUUCUGUUGGACAGUGAUAUGAAUCCCAAAAUUUCAGAUUUCGGUUUGGCAAAAAUUUGUGGAGAUGAUCAAGUUGAAGGGAAUACAAACAAAGUAGUUGGGACACAUGGUUAUAUGGCGCCUGAAUAUGCUAUUGAUGGACUAUUCUCUAUAAAGUCUGAUGUAUUUAGCUUUGGCAUAUUAUUACUAGAGAUUGUAAGUGGAAAGAAAAAUAAAGGACUUACAUAUGAAAACAACAAUCACAAUCUUGUUGGACAUGCUUGGAGGUUGUGGAAAGAGGGGAACUCAAAAGAAUUGAUUGAUGACUGUUUUGAGGAUUCGUUUAUUCUAUCUGAAGCUUUAUGUUGCAUACAAGUUGGUCUUUUAUGUCUACAACGUCAUCCAAAUAAUAGACCUAAUAUGACAUCAGUGCUUGUAAUGUUGACAAAUGAAACUGUUUUAGCUCAUCCAAAGGAACCUGGCUUCAUAAUAGAAAGAGACUCCACUGAGGGAAAUUCUACAACCGAAAAUUUAAUUUCUUCUUCAAUCAAUGGAGUCACUAUUUCUCUAUUGGAUGCUAGAUGAAAAUUUUAUCUUAUCUUUUUGUAUGUCAUGUGGACAUUUUAUAAUAUCACGUGAUUUAGAUUUACACACGUCUUACACGUGUCAUUUUGAGAUUGUUAUGGAGGUUAAAAGAAUAUUGACUCUUUUAGUUUAUUUUAGAAGAAAAUACUUUAGGCAUAUUUUAUUAGUUUAAUUGAUAGAGUCGUUAUUGUAUGAUU